AUGGCGUCCGCGGCGAGCAAGAGGAGGCUGCCCUUGUCUGACAAGGACCUCGACCUCAAGGCAGCCAACAAGAUCCUUUCCAGCGCGCAGACACGCGAGAAGUGCUUGAAGAUCUUGCAGUACGCAUCCAGACUUGUUGGGUACAUAUUGCUACGCUCUUCAUGGAAGGACUGGGGCAAGCACUUCGAGACUUUGUCGAAGAGUCUCUCCACUGCCCGUCGCUUCUUCAAGUUCUUCAGGUUCAUAAAGCAUUUUGAGGACCUUGCGGAAGCUGGUGAGGAGAAGGACCCGACGUUUCAGAAGAUGCUGUACUUGGACGUCGCUGCCAAUGUUGUGGCUGAUGUCUCAGAGGACUGGACAUCGUUGGAGAAGGUUGGCGUCCUGAAGAAGGGUAGCCUGCAUCCACGCACCGAGUAUUAUGCGAACUGGUGCCAAUUGGUCCUGGCAGUUGUGGAGGUUGUGGUCACCAAGAUCAAGGCCGACCGCGCCAGCGAGAAGGCGUCGAAGCCGGACGCUCCAGUGGAGGUGCAGCGCAAAAAGACCAUGGCCCAGCUGGAGUUCAGCAAGUUUGUCGCCGAUCUCAUAAAGGCUUUCUGGGACUGCGAGCUGAGCUUCGCGUCUGAGUUGGCGUUCAUCCUCUCCGGGCUUUGGGCAGCUUUGAUCAGCACUCACAAGUACGCUUUGCGCGUUCUGAAGUAG